GCAAGCAGCAAAUCAGCCUGAUCUGCGGAUGGUACAGAUUGUCCUACAAUGACAUGCUUAGUGCAGUGCCUACCUACUAUUCUACUGCCGGACACUGGCCACAGGCAUGAUGAACAAGUGGUUAGUAAGCCUUAUGCUAGCAGUAGCUUCGGCCAUAUUUCUGAGCUCCAUUCACAUGCUCUGGGGUGUGGCUGCUGCCCCUCAUCGUGUAAUGGUGCUGAUCUCCCUUCUCCGAAUUGCGGCCUUGGAUUGUUUUGACUUGACAAGCGGUGACUGAGAAUUCAAGUAUAAGUGUGCUCUCUAAACUAUCACUGAUUUUGUGCUAAACCAUUGUUUUAUUUAGUCCAUCGAUCUUUUGAAAGUUUAUAAGAAACACAGAAAUCAUGUCGUUUAGCCGUCUCGUAAGAUUCGUUCCCAAGGACGAUGACUCCAAGGUCCUCAUUGGCGAGCCCAUCGACAGCCAAGUCGACGUCGGCGCCGCCGUCCGCAAGGGCGACGAUGUCGAAGUGAACGUCUACUCUGGCACCUCCGUUCUCGACGCCGGCUCUCCCACCGGCAACAAGGCCAUCAUCGGCCGAAUUCUCUCUCCUGUCACUGCCCAAGAGGCCGGCACCAUUCGCUGCAUUGGCUUGAACUACAAAAAACACGCCGAAGAAGCCAAAAUGUCCAUCCCCGAGAUCCCCACCCUCUUCCUUAAGCCCGCCACCGCCCUCGCCGACCCCUAUCCGGCGCCCACGCCCAUUCCCAAGCACACCAUCGAGUCGGACUCGGCCGACUACGAGUCCGAGCUGGCCAUCAUUAUCGGUAAGGACUGCAAGAACGUUAGCGAAGCAGAAGCGCUCGACUACGUCCUCGGCUACACCGCCAGCAACGACAUUAGCAGCCGCGCGUCCCAGUUUGCGCAGACGCAGUGGUGUUACUCCAAGGGUUUCGAUGGCAGUUGUCCUAUUGGCCCGGUGCUGGUCAGCAAGGAGGUUAUUGGGGAUGUGGGCGGGCUGAAGGUGAGGGGGUUGAAGAAUGGGAAGGUGGUGCAGGAGAGUCCCUUGACUGACCUCAUCUUCUCGGUUCAAGAAAUUAUUAGCUUCUUGUCGCAGGGCACCACGCUGCCCAAGGGUACCGUUAUCAUAACCGGCACUCCGGCUGGUGUUGGCUUUGCUAGGAAUCCUAAGGAGUUGUUGCAUGAUGGUGAUGAGUUCGUGGUGGAGAUCUUGCCGCAUAUUGGCAGUUUGUAUAAUGUCAUGAAGAACGAGCAGUGAGAGGAGGAUCAGGUAUAAUGGAUUGAUGUGAAAUGGUUUGAUUUAAUAACUUCAGGCUGAAAAUGAGUAAUCAGCAAGACAGCGAAGCGAGUGUCCAAAGAAUGUUAUGAACAAAUACAAGGUGCAAAACUUCUUGCUCUCUUC